AUGGCCUCCGAAUUGAACCUCCCGCAGUUGACUGCCACCAAGCCCUUCAUCACCGAAGGCGGAGUCGAAACAACUCUGAUAUACAGAAAGAAUAUCGAUCUUCCGAGCUUCUCCGCCCUCCCGGUUCUCAAUACGGAAGAUGGUAAAGAAACCAUCACAUCUAUCUACAAAGGGUACAUAGAUAUUGCUCGCGCUCACUCAACCGGCGUCGUCCUCGAAACCCGAACAUGGCGUGGCUCUCCACUAUGGUCUUCCGAGAUUGGCCUGUCCAUUCCACAGAUCGUUGAUCUGAACCACACAGCAGUGAAGCUCCUCCAAGGAAUUAGGAGCGAGACUCCAUUCGAGCCUAUCGUCAUCAGUGGCGCCAUGGGACCUCUCCAAGAUGCCUACCAGGACUCCACCGUUUCCUUCGAUCAGGCACGGGAGUACUAUGGCCCCCAGAUUCGCGCCUUCGCCGAAGAAGGUGUCGACAUGUUGUGUAUCAUGACUGUAACGAAUGUCAACGAGGCCUUUGGAGCAGUGAGUCUAGCACGAGAGUAUAACCUCCCUAUCCAUGUCUCGUUCAGCAUCGAGACAGACGGACGUCUACGAGGAGGUAAGACUCUCGAGGAUGCGAUUCGAGAAGUCGAUAGUGUAACGGAGAACUAUGUGACGUAUUACGGGGUGAAUUGUGCACACCCGCGUUAUAUUAUCAUGGCAGUUCAGGAUAUGCCUAUGGAGGUGAGGUCGAGGCUCGGGUCGAUUAGAGGAAACUCGAGUCUUAAGAGUCACGAAGAGCUUGAUAACUCUACGGAGCUGGAUCGGGGCGAUAUUCCCGAGUGGGUUCAAGAGUUCGAUCAUCUUGUGGGUAUGUUGCCGGGACUCAAAGUGGUGGGAGGUUGCUGUGGCACGGAUGAAGAGCAUGUUGAUGCUAUUGCGGGACGGAUUCGUUCUGUUGAUUGA